AUGCCCUCUGAUAAAUGUGAUCUGAAUUUGUACGCAGAGCAAUCGAUACUAGCCACACUUGAUGACCACCAGCAUGGUUGGAUUGCUGGGAAUCAAAGUUCUGUCCCGCCCCAAUAUGGUAUCCUGAAGGUUUUUGACGAUAUCAUGGGUGAAGGGUCACAUGGAACUGACGAAGAGGAGAACCAGUGGUGGCAGCAACUGCCAUUAGUCCCAGCAGUAACAAGUGUACUUUUACGUCAACAGAACCGCCGACGGUGGAAGGCAAAGGCAUUGGCACAGAUAGAUUAUUGCGACUCUAUCCGCCUCCCGACCCCUGAUGUCAGCUGGGCGGUCGCCAAAGCCAGUCUCAAGCUUGAGCACCUCUCAGCAUCAUUUAUUGUGGAUGCCAGCUAUUUCUUCCAUGCUUGUUGUGGACCUUCCUGGAAGUGGCCCAACAUGACUUCACUUGCGCUGACCUCACAAAUACUUACACCAGAUGAGAGCCCAAUUGAGAUUGAUAGCAUGCUCCAGAAAGCAGCAGUAGCAGCAGUUGUCAUGAAAAUCCACGGAUCCAUUAUUGUUGAAGAGUUGCUGGAUGCUGGUAUUACUGUCAAGUCUCGUGGCGACGCGCUCCGCCAUUUGAGGUUGUUAAACCCGGUAAUUCGGACCGUUUCAUUACAGCAGAUUCAGAUGGAGCAUAGAAUGCGCGAGGGAGCAGUUAUGACUAGUAGCUCGAUUUCUGUGAUCAAAUCAUUUCCCUGGUACAGCGUGUUAUUUUAUUUUAUGCGCGUUUUGAUCUAUAGUGAUACUUCUCACCCUCUCUAUACUCAAUGUAAUUUGCCCUCGGGCUACUCUUUCUACUCCUUUGGCUACUAUAUUAUCUACGAUGUGACACCAGAGUAUGGAAGAAUCCAGGGCAAUAAUAACGUGAAUGACGCACCCCUACCGGAGGCCAGCCAAAUGCGGUCGGGGACCAGAAAAGGCGGUCUCGGCCUCUUCCGGCGCAAAUUCGUUCGGUCUUCCAUCUCCGCCCGGGCGACUGAACAAUCCCCCUUUGGGUUCUCCAUCGCAGAAUCCAUCCAACCCCGCCAUUUCCAUCUCAUCUCAGCCCACCGAUCGCUGCAGAAUCGCUCACCGUUCACCAUGGGUGUCAGAGAUUCUCAUGGCGAGGCUACGGGGACUCCCGACCCCGUCGAGAAGGGCUUCGCCACCCUGAACACCAUCCGGAUCGGUGUGAAGGCCAUGGUGCAGAAGGACGGAGAAUUGAGGAAAGCUGAGAUUCUCUCCAUUAGGCAGCGAAAAGAUGGCCCGAGUUUCUACGUUCAUUAUGUCGAUUUCAACAAGCGUCUCGAUGAAUGGGUUGAUUCCGGAAGGCUCGAUCUAUCCCAGGAGGUUGAGUGGCCGCAGCCCGAGAAACCGGAGAAGAAGAAAGCCGGUCCCGGCCAAAAGGCACCCAGCAAGAAUACGCAGAAGCGUCCCAGAGCAGGGAGCCGAGAGGUAUCAGCAACGCCAGAUCUUCUGAUGGGCAAGAACGCCAAUGUCGGUAAGGCCUCGCGGCCGUCGAAGGCCGGUGGGAAGGAGAACCGCGGCGAGGACACGCCGUUGAACAUGUCCAUCCUGGGUUCUGAGGCCGUCUCGGCAGAUGGGACGCCCAAGGGCGAAUCUGACGAUGUCGACAUGAUCGAUGUCGGGUUCUCCGAGAUGAAGGAGGAACAGGGCAAGAUGUCCCGGGAGGAGGAGAUCGAACGGUUGCGGACCAGCGGCAGUAUGACCCAGAACCCGACGGAGAUUCAUCGUGUGCGGAACUUGAACCGCCUGCAGAUGGGCAAGUUUGACAUCGAGCCCUGGUACUUCUCUCCCUAUCCCACUGAAUACUCUGAUGUGGACAUCAUCUACAUCGAUGAGUUCUGCCUCAGCUACUUCGACAACAAGCGUGCAUUCGAGCGCCACCGCGCCAAAUGCACGCUCGUGCACCCUCCCGGCAACGAAAUCUACCGCGAUGACAACAUCUCCUUCUUCGAAGUCGACGGCCGCCGCCAGCGUACCUGGUGCCGCAACCUGUGUCUGCUGAGCAAGCUCUUCCUCGACCAUAAGACUCUCUACUACGACGUCGACCCGUUCCUUUUCUACUGCAUGUGCACCCGCUCUGAAACGGGCUGUCACCUGGUCGGAUACUUCUCCAAGGAAAAGGACUCCGCCGAAGGCUACAACCUCGCCUGUAUCCUGACCCUCCCUCAAUACCAACGUCGCGGCUUCGGUCGUCUUCUCAUCGCCUUCAGUUACGAGCUCAGCAAACGCGAAGGCAAACUCGGUUCGCCCGAGAAACCGCUCAGUGAUCUGGGUCUGCUGGGAUACCGACAAUACUGGCGCGAAACGCUGGUCGAAUUACUCAUCGAGCCGGGCCGCGAGUCUAUCAGUGAAAACGAGCUCGCGGUGCUGACCUCCAUGACCGAGAAAGACGUCCAUGAGACUCUGGUUGUUUUCAACAUGCUCCGAUAUCACAAAGCAAACUGGGUCAUCGUCCUCACCGACAACGUCGUCGAAGAGCACAAGAAGCGUCUCGAAAAGGAGAAAAUCAAGGGAUCCCGCAAGAUCGACCCGACGCGUCUGCAAUGGAAACCGCCCGUCUUUACCGCGUCCAGCCGAACCUGGAACUGGUGA